AGAAUAGGUCAAAGAAGACAGCAGAUAGAUAAGAGCACUUGUAGACAGGUUUCUUUGCCAAGUAUCAGGACUCCGGGCUGUACUGUGAAGAACUUUUAGCCGAAUCAUAUUUUAGACCUCUGAAGGAAGCAGAUUGCAUCAAGAGUCAUUAGAACUUGUCAGGCAGAUGUAUCAUCAUCACCAUCAUCAAGGAAAGAACAUCCACCCCUCCUCAAGAGGGUCCAUUCCUCCAGAAAGGCAUUUGUUCCUGCAAUGGGGGAAUGGUGCAGGAGAUUCUGGACUUGUACCUUCGACCAAUACAAAGCCUAGACUGAAAUGGACAAAAGACCUCCAUGAGCAGUUCAUAGAAGCAGUAAAUCAGCUUGGAGGAGCAGACAAGGCUACUCCAAAAACAGUUUUGAAACUUAUGGGGGUUCCGGGACUUACAUUAUACCACUUAAAGAGCCAUCUUCAGAAAUACAGGCUCAGUAAGAAUCUCCAUGGGCACUCUAAUAUUGGAACAAACAAAAUUGGAAUGGUUGUAGUGACAGGAGAAAGGAUGUCUGAGGCAAAUGGAACUCAUAUGAGUAAUUCAGGCAUUGGAACCCAAACAAAUAAAAGCUUACAUAUAAGCGAAGCAAUACGGAUGCAAAUUGAAGUGCAGACAAGGCUACAUGAACAGCUUGAGGUACAGCGGCACUUACAGCUCCGCAUAGAGGCUCAAGGCAAAUAUCUACAGGCUGUGCUGGAGAAAGCCCAGGAGACACUUGGAAGACAGAACUUGGGUACGGUCGGACUAGAGGCUGCCAAAGUUCAGAUAUCUGAAUUGGUUUCAAAAGUAUCCACCCAGUGCCUGAAUUCCACUUUUUCAGGGCUGAAAGAACUGUCAGGCUUGUGCCCACCACAUCCAACACAAACAUCCCAGCCUACAGAUUGUUCCAUGGACAGCUGCUUGACCUCCUGCGAAGGCUCUCAGCGAGACCAAGAGACACACAACAAUGGAAUUGGAUUAAUAACUUUUAAUGGUAAUGCACGUUUGGAGCCAAAGGAGUUUGACAAUGAGCCUAUGUUGCAGCAGACUGAACUCAGAUGGUGCGAAGACAUGAAAGAAGACCGGAAAUUUCUUUCCUCGAUGAACAAAAACAUAGAAAGAGCAUUCCCCAUAGAAAUAAACUCCAAUGAUUUAUCUAUGGGAGUUGGAUUUCAAGGAGGAAAUGGAAAUAGCAGCAGAAGCUAUUCAGAUAGAAGAUUUAGAGGAAGUGAUGAGGGUCUCAAUUUCCUACACCAAACUACCAACAGAACAGAUUCAGUUUCAGUUCAACGGGAGGAUGAGAAGAUUUCAUCACGAGGUUAUAAAGUGCCUUACUUUGCACCAACAUUAGACCUAAAUGCCCGUGAUGAAAAUGAUGCUGCUUCAAAUUGCAAGCAACUAGACUUGAAUGGUUUCGGCUGGAAUUGAAAGGGUUAGCUGUAGGCAGAAAGAAGACGAGCUCUAGGGGAAAAUAGUACUUCAAUCUUUGAUUUUACAUCAGAGAAUGAAGUUAGGACUCGUCGCAGAAACCUGCUUCUCCCUCAUUCAUGUUGUUCAUGUUGGGGGGAUAUAAUAAAUUGAACUAACGAAAGUAGACUGCAUCUCAAUUUGUAAGUUAAAUAGCUCCGGCAAAAGCAGUAAUUUUAUCAUCUGGUAUUCAUCAA